UUUUGUUCUAUCCUCCUCUCUCCCUGUGUGUCCAGCAGACCUGAAUCGGUGGAGGCCAGUCCUGUGGUGGUGGAGAAGUCCAGCUACCCGCACCAGAUCUACAGCAGUAGCUCUCACCACUCCCACAAUUACAUAGGCCUGCCUUACGCCGACCACAACUAUGGGGCUCGCCCCCCACCCACUCCCCCGGCCUCCCCGCCCCCCUCCAUGCUGAUCCGGCCGGGCGAGGGGCUGUUUGUUCCGGGGGGCCAGGACGAGGCGUCCAGGGGCACCACGCUCAGCACCUCGGAGGACGGCAGCUACGGGGCCGACAUCACCCGCUGCAUCUGCGGCUUCACCCACGACGACGGCUACAUGAUCUGCUGCGACAAAUGCAGUGUGUGGCAGCACAUAGACUGCAUGGCCAUCGACAGGCUCCACAUUCCUGAGACCUACCUGUGCGAGCGCUGCCAGCCCCGCAACCUGGACAGGGAGAGGGCCGUCCUGCUGCAGACCAGGAAGAGAGAGAACAUGUCUGACGGGGACACCAGCGCUACAGAGAGCGGGGACGAGGUUCCCCUGGAGCUCUACUCUGCCUUCCAGCACACCCCCAACACCAUCACCCUGACCACCGGGCGCCUGCCCAGUAAGCAGGCCGACAAGAAACGCAAGAGGAGCGGAGACAAGGAGCCCGCUGCCGCCGCCGCCCGAGCUAAGAAGGCAUUCCGCGAGGGCUCUAGAAAAUCCUCCAGAGUAAAGGGCUCGGCCCCAGACCUGGAGCCUUCGGAGCACCCGUCCCUGUGGGAGAACAAGAUCAAGUCCUGGAUGGAGCGCUACGAGGAGGCCAGCAGCAACCAGUACAGCGAGGACGUCCAGAUCCUGCUGCGGGUCAAAGAGGCCGGAGACGGCAAGACCCUGGCUUACAACACCAACCCUGCCACCUUCAAGCCACCUGUAGAGAGUCAGGUGCAGAAGAAUAAGAAGAUAGUGAAGGCCGUGAGGGACCUGGCUCCAGACUCCCUCAUCAUUGAGUACAGGGGCAAGUUCAUGCUGAGGCAGCAGUUUGAGGCCAACGGCUACUUCUUCAAGAGGCCCUACCCCUUUGUGUUGUUCUACUCCAAGUUUGACGGGCUGGAGAUGUGCGUGGACGCCCGCAGCUUCGGCAACGAGGCCCGCUUCAUCCGCCGCUCCUGCACCCCCAACUCUGAGGUGCGCCACGUCAUAGAGGAUGGCAUGCUGCAUUUGUAUAUCUACUCCCUGAGGCCCAUCACCAAGGGCAGUGAGAUUACCAUAGGCUUUGACUAUGACUAUGGCAGCUGUAAAUACAAGGUGGACUGUGCCUGUCUGAAGGGGAACCAAGAGUGUCCUGUGCUCAAGCACAACCUGGAGCCCACGGAGAACCUGGGGGCGGGCACCCGCCGCCGGGGCCGCAAGGACAAGGAGCCCCCCCGGGGGGAGGACGGGGGCCAGAACCAGAACCUGGGCCUCGACUGUGAGGGGAAGGGCCGGGGCCUGAUGGACGGCAAGCAGAGGAAACUGUCUCCCCUCCGCCUCUCCAUCUCAAACAACCAGGAUCCUGAGUUUAUUGAGGAUCUAGAAGACAAAACCUCCGUUAGCAAUGAAGUAGAGAUGGAGUCAGAGGAGCAGAUUGCAGAGAGGAGGAAGAAGAUGGCCAGCCCAGCAGAGGAGUCCCAUCUGCCCGGCGGAGGGACCUCCAGCUGGAUGGGCUCCAGAAACAAGGAGACCCGGGAGGAGAGGAAGAUGGAGGCCAUCCUGCAGGCCUUCGCUCGCAUGGAGAAGAGGGAGAAGCGCAGGGAGCAGGCCCUGGAGAGGAUCGGCACCAAGUCAGACGUGCUGGGGCGCAGCGACAUCAAGGAGGAGCCCCCCGCCACCCCCGAGGCCGAGUGUCCUGCACCCAUGCAGCCCCUGCUGGAGGUGAAGGAGGAGCCGGGCCUGAAGCCGGCCAAGGUCAAAGGCUCCCGCCAGAGGAAGAGUUUCACCAGGAACCGCACGCACAUCGGCCAGCAGCGGCGGCGAGCGCGCACCAUCAGCACCUGCUCCGACCUGCCUCCGGGCUCCCCGGGGGACUGUCUGGAGCCCUUGGCCAGCGAGGGGGCCCCCGAGGGCGAGGCCCCCUGCGCCCCCGAGCCGGAGACCCUGUUGUCCCACCCUCCCGACGCCAGCCCCCCGCACAGCUGCUCCCCCGCCCCGGACAGGAGCCGCCCCGGGCAGAAGAACUUCAAGGCGAAGAAGGCUUCCUCUCUGUCCGCCCAGCAGCACUUUGUGAGCGAGUGGGCGGGGGACAAGCCGGAGCGCGCCGUGCGGACCCCGGAGCCCGUCCCUGAGCGGCCCCUGAGGAUCAGCAGCGAUCCCGAGGUGCUGGCCACGCAGCUCAACGCCCUCCCGGGCAUGACGUGCAGCCCGCACGUCUACAGCACGCCCAAACACUACGUCCGCUUCUCCUCGCCCUUCCUCGUCAGCCGCAGCCCCACCACGCCGGGCGUGCCCACCGGGCGCCGGCGCUCUCGAGAGCUGCCCGAGACCCCCCCCACCUCUGGCUCCUGCAAGAAGCGCUGGUUAAAGCAGGCUCUGGAAGAGGAGGGCUCCACCAGCCCAGCCAGCAGCCGCCCCGCCCUCCUCCUGCCUCCCGACGGGCCCCUCAGCCCCCCCAUCAACGGAGACUCUGACAGCCCCCUCCCCUACAACGGCUGCUCUCUACCAGAGUUACCCACCCCCCUGAAGAAGCGUCGCCUUUGUCCUCUGGACGCCUGCAUGUCAGAGAGCUCCACCCCCUAUGGCUCUCCCUGUGCCACGCCCACCCGGGCAGACCUAUCAGAGACGCCGGGAACGCCCCUGCUGCUGGCCACCCCGCCCCGCCCCCGUGCGGAGGAGCCCAGCAUGGAGGCUCAACCCAGCACCCCGACACACACAUUAAGCGCCCCACAAGAGAGUGAGUCUUCGCUGGACAGCUCCCCAGAGGGCAGUCGCAGACCCAGCACCCACGAGGUGGAGCGCCCCCCCUCGCUGCUCUCCUCUCCCUGCGUCAGGGCUCCCAGUUCAGACACCCCUCCCCAGGACACCAAGGCGCCCGCGGCCCCCCUGAGCCCCGAGGCCCCCGCCGUGGAGGUCCAGGACUGCGGGGAUGAGGAGGCCGCUGACCCCGGGCCGGGGGCCGAGGCCAGCAGCGAGGCCUCGUCCUCCGCCGACCCGUCCUCCUCCUCGUACCCUCCCUGGAUGAAGAGCCCCGAAAGGGGGCCGGCGCCCGGCCCAGGGGGGCUGUCCUUCUCCCCCAUCAACUCCAACCUGAGGGACCUGACCCCCUCCCACACCCUGGAGCCCAUCCUGCCCUUCAGGCCCGAGGCUGGAGCCGCUGUCGUAGCUGGGGCCGGUGUCGGGGCCGGGGCCGUGGUUGUGGUGGCCCCUCCCUUCAGCGAGGCCGCCCAGCUGUUCUACCCCUGCUCAGAGGAGGGAGGAGCCCUGGGCUUCUCGCGCUCGCUCAGUGGGGACAGCACAGGCGAGGGAGGGGGGUCAGCGCACAACCCCCCCCAGAAGAAGAAGGUGUCUUUGCUGGAGUACAGGAAGCGUCAGAGGGAGGCUCGCCGCAGCGGCUCCAAGACGGACUGUGGCUCCCCGCUCUCCAUGGUGGCGCCCCUCACCGUGGACGUGUUCCCCGUCGCCGUGGAGACCGCUGCCCACGAGCCGACGCCCCCGACCCCGGCGCCCAACACGCCCAACACCCCCCAGGCCUGCGAGGACCCAGACCCCCCGGCCCCGCCCCCCGCCCCGGGGGACAGGGAGAAGGAGGAGGGUGGAGGAGGAGGAGAAGGACAGUGGACGGCGUCCACCUCGGUGGAGCAGGCCAGGGAGCGAGGCUACCACCGCGCCCUGCUGCUCAGCGACCACCGCAAGGACAAGGACCCAGACGGGGAGGCCGAGGGGGGAGAGGCCCCGGCCGCGUCCAGUGACCCCCCGUCGCCCAGUCCUCAGAAGACCCCGACACACACGCCGUGUUCCCCAGGCCCCAGCGCCCCCUCACAGCCUGCCAGCCGGCCAGCCAAGGAGGAGGAGAGCGACAGCCAGCCUCAGACCCCCACCCAGAACCCUGCCAAGCCUGCAGGCUCCAAACCCACAGCCCCCCUGACUCCCACCAAGCUGCAUGCUGCCCCUCUCCCAUCCUCCCCCAGCCACUACCCCAACCCCUCUGUCCUCCACUCUCCUAAGACCCAGGCCCAGGGCUCGCCCUUCCGCGGCCAGAGGGCCUUCCUCUCCUCCCAGCCCCAGCCCCAGCCUGGCCCAGCCUCAUUCUCCCAGUACAGCCCCCAGAGUGCCCCACCCCCACCGCCCCCUCCUCCCCCAGCACCUCCAGCCUCCACACCCUACUUCCCUGGCCAGGCCACUCCCAUCGCCGGGCCCUUUCCGGGGUUCAAACCAGCUGUUACAUCCCCCUUCCCCCCCGGCUCCCAGCCUCUCCUCCAGACCCACCCCCAUGCCCUGCACUACCAGACCUCUGGUGCCCCACCUCCCCCUCCACCUCCUCACCCCCAGCCCGGCCCCUCCCUGCUGCACGUCAGCCUGCAGCCCCCUCCCAUCCAGCAGCUCCUGCUGACCGCUGCCCCCCAGGUCCCUCCCCCUCCGCCCCCUCCCCCCCAGGCCCAGACCCCCCAGCAGCAGCAGCAGCCUAGUGGCAGCACCCUCCUGUCCCUGGCACAGGGGCCUCCCCCUCCGCCGCCCCCUCCCCCGCCUCACGCCCCCUCCACCAGCGCCUCUCUCCAGGCCCCGCUCCACUUUCAGAACCUCGGGGGAUUCCAGCCCUCCUUGCUGCACCCCGGCGCCUCCACCAACCCCUCCGUGCCCUCCGCCACCUACCCCCCACCCCACCAGCAGACGGGACUGCCCCCCCCUCCCCCUCCUCCUCCCCAGCAGACUCAGCCGGGCCAGGCCCAGGCCCAGCCCUCAGCCACCCAGAUGCCUAGUGGGACUCGUGGGGCCUCUGCCUCCUCCGCCCCCUUCCACAGCACUGGGUACCUGGGGACAGGGUGGCACUGACCAACCCUGAGCAAGCCUAACAACCCUCCCUGCCGGCCCCUUUGAACUCACUCUGAGAGGGGGUUCCUACAGACGAUGUGCGUGUAACAUAAGCUGUAUAUAGAUUUUCUAUGUACCUGAACACAUGGCCAAUGGAAAAACAGGAGGAUUUGGUAUGAAAGGGUACUUUUCAAAAGAAAAUUGAGGAUUUGAGAAGAAGGAAGAAGAAAAAAAAAAAGGACCUUGCAACAAUCCUUGAAAAGAGACUUUGUAAAAUGAAGAUGGCCGAUCUCCCCUGGUGCUCAUCACCCUCUCUCUCACUGGUGUCACUCUGCCAGGGAGAACAACUCUCCUCCCUUUCUUAGUUUAUGAUUUUUUUUUAAUCUCCUUCCUGAUAGACAGAACGAUCUGUCCUCUCUGUGUUGUUUGGAUUCCUGUUGUAACGCCCCGCACUUUCUGUAUCAAUGGACAUUCCAGCCUCGAUCCCCUCGUCAGUUAGUUCUUUCUCUUCUCUUGUCUAUUGUCUUGCUUUACACCAUUUAUUUGUUUUUAUCUAGUGGCUCAUUAUAGCGAAAAGAAAGCUUUUUGUAUAGAGAAAAAAAAACGUGACUACAGAAUGAUUCUUUUUUGUAUUCCUCUGUGUAAGAAAUAUCUGUGCACCGCUGCAGAUUCAGAAAAGCCCUUCUGGGAGCUGGCUUUACUGACCCAAGAGGACGCAGUCAUCCUCACAUAGAAGCUGCCUGUGUGGAAAGUGAGUGUGUGUGUGUGUUUGGUGGGGUCUGUUUCUGUGUGAAAGAGUGAGAGAUGGAAGGAAAGUGGAAGGCAGAUUCCAAAUGACUAAAUGUUUGUCCUGUGUGAGUUUCUGAAAGUGAGAAAGCAGGGUGGAAUGAUGAGUGCUGUAGUCUUCUGAAGUGGUCAGAGAGAGAGAGAGAGGACUCGACGUAGGUAGAACGUUAGCGGUUUAUUUUUGAAUAUCAAUGGUUAUUUGUAGAAAGUGUAAUUUAAUGUAUAGGUGGUUACUCCAGCUUUCACCAGAAACAGGAUUGUAAAUAUUUGCUUCUUUUCUUUUCUAUGCUUGUACACUUCGCUCCCAUCCCAUUUUUGAAUAUGGUUGUAAAUACGAGUGCUCUUUUGGCAAAGCUGAAUGUUUCUGUGACAGUAGCACUAUUUUAUUUUGUUUUCUUUCUUCUGGACUAUUCAACUUUGUCUUUUUUAUUCUUUGUGUGAGUGUAUGUUUGUGUGGAGGAGAGAGACUCACAGACACUGCACUGGUUGGCUAUUUUCAUGGUUCAUAUAAUAAAUCACUGUAAUGACAGUUUUAUACCA